AUGAGAAGCCACGUGACGUCGAAGCUGGCACAGAAUGCGGCCGCCCCUCCUCCCUGCCACCUGACAGGUGUGGUCAUCACCCCACGGCAGCAGGGCCCUGUGUCCUUCCAGCAGAUGGCGGGACGCACGGGGGCAAAGCAGGGUGGCCGGUCCCUCCGCACCUGCUCCCAGCACGACACCCUGGAAGCUGUCACCACCACACACGAGGGGAUCACGCGUGAGCCACUGCGCCCGGCCUUUCCAUGCCUCUUAAUUCUAUAUUCCAACCUCUGCCCACAUGCGUACCUGGCACCGGUGAUCAGUCCCAUCCUGCCCCGUGGGACGAGAAGCAAGGGCCCGCGCUCAGCCCUGGCCGAGGUGCACCGUCAGCGGCGCGACCUCCUGCGCCGCGCCUGCAGCCUCCACACGCGCCGGCAGCGCCUGCUGCAGCCGCGGGACCUGCGGCACGUGCUGGUGGACGACGCGCACGGGCUGCUCUACUGCUACGUGCCCAAGGUGGCCUCCACCAACUGGAAGCGCGUGCUGCUGGCGCUCAGCGGCCGCGCCCCCGGGGACCCGCGCGCCAUCCCCGCGCACGAGGCGCACGCCCCGGGUCGCCUGCCCUCGCUGGCCGACUUCGGCCCGGCCGACGUCAACCGCCGCCUGCGGUCCUACCUGGCCUUCCUGUUCGUGCGCGAGCCCUUCGAGCGCCUGGCCUCGGCCUACCGCAACAAGCUGGCGCGGCCCUGGGGGGCGGCCUUCCAGCUGCGUUAUGGCACGCGCAUCGUGCGGCGCCUGCGGCCCGGGGCGCGGCCGGACGCGGUGGCCCGCGGCCACGACGUGCGCUUCGCCGAGUUCCUGGCCUACCUGCUGGACCCGCGCACGCGGCGCGAAGAGCCCUUCAACGAGCACUGGGAGCGCGUGCACGCGCUGUGCCACCCGUGCCUGCUGCGCUACGACGUGGUGGGCAAGUUCGAGACCCUGGCCGAGGACGCCGCCUUCGUGCUGGGCCUGGCCGGCGCGUCGGGCCUCAGCUUCCCCGGGCCGCCUCCACGGCCCAAAGCGGCUGCCACUGCCCCGCGCGAGCUGGCGGCGCGUCUCUUCCAGGACAUCAGCCCGUUCUACCAGCGGCGCCUCUACGACCUGUACAAGAUGGAUUUCCUGCUCUUCAACUACUCUGUCCCCUCUUACCUGCGGCUCCGCUAGCGCGGUGCUGUCCCCUCGGACGGUCUGCGGCAAGGUCACUGCUUGGAGGUCCCCGGUGGGACCGGGGACCGUGUGUUUCUGACAAGACCCCAGGGGGACCCCGCUUUGAGAACCACUGCACACCCACUUCCCUGGCUGGCACACAAGCAAGGGAGGGCCGUGUGGCAGGGAUGAGCCCCCCGGGUGGCCAGGAAGUGGCAGCUCACACACUGUCCCCUGCUGGCAAUGCUGUUCCUUCCCAGACCUGGGUGCAGGUAACACCUGGCCAGGUUUAGGUGCAGCGCGUCUCAGGUGGGCCGUACACCUGUGUGUCUGCCUCCACCUGUCGCUUGAGGCCUCCUUUGUCUACCAGGUGACGCAGACACCUCUCCGGUCCGUUUGGCUGGGCGAGAACUCGAGAAUCACUGUUUUAGGCUUUCAGAGGCCACUUCUGGGUCAACUCUGAACCUGACCGUGGCACCAUACAGCAGAAUGCUGCCGCCUGGCCCGACCCAGCGCCCACCCCACGCCACCCCCCAGUCCUGGCAGGGACAGCCGGGGCCAGGAGAGAAGCUGUCCCUUUGCAGGACCCCGGGCUGGGCCAUCCCAGGAAUUGCCUUCACUCUGGUCACAGAGCAGGGCCACCUCCCCCUGCCCAGGCCCUGCCUCUGCUCUCGGUCCGGCAAGAGGCUGGGUCUUCCGGCUCCGGGCCAGCAGGUCUCACAAGACGCUGGUGAGCCCCGGGCGGUCAGGUUUUUGAAAUA